GGGGCGAUGGACGUGGGGGCUGCGGCCUUCGGGCGGCUCCUGCCCAGCCUGCGGGACCGUGUCCGCCGCGCCGCCUUCCUGGGCCUGGAUAUGGAGUUCACUGGCUUAUACUCGACUUUCCCACAAAAUAACCAGCCCAGCCUGUUUGAUUCCCCCGCCGAGCGGUACCUGAAGGUCAGGCAGAGCGUUCAGCGCUUCACGGUCACCCAGCUCGGGCUGGCAAUAUUCUCAAAAGAAAAUUCAAACAAGUAUGUGGUGCAUUCAUACAACUUUUUUCUCUUUCCCUCAACGCUGGGAGUUACGGAUGUUGAAUUCACCCUCUCUGCAUCUAGUAUUCAAUUCCUGUCUCAUUACGGCUUUGACUUUAAUAAGUUCCUGAAAGAUGGAAUCCCAUACAUGAAUGAGCUACAGGAGAAGAGCCUGAACCAGCGUCUCUCAGAAGGUAGCUGGAGAAUCUGCAGUGCUCUGGACAGGGAUGUGAUGAGGAAGGCUACUGAUGAAGUGACCAGUUGGAUAGUAGCAGCAGAGGAAGGGGAGACUAUGAUUCUGAAGGAUCUGAGCGGCUCUCAGAUGCUUGAAGUUCAGCUGGUUCUGAGACAAGCUCUCCAAAAUGUUUGGACACAGCCUCUUGAAGACGGUGAGGUAGUGGUGAAAAAAGUGAGUCCGCAACAGCGUCGGCUUCUGGAAAACUCUUCACUUGACUACUGCCGGAAGGAGCUGAUUCUCAUGUCUGCCCGGGGCUUUACCAACCUUUUCCAGAUACUUGUUAAAGCUAAAAAGCCACUGGUGGGACAUAACAUGUUCGUGGACCUCUGUCAUCUUCAUGACAAGUUCUACAAACCCCUUCCAGAAAGCUAUGAGGAGUUUAAAAGGAAUAUUCACAACCUGUUCCCUGUCCUCAUAGACACCAAGACUGUCUCAAAAUCCAUCUGGAAGAAUUACCAGUUUCCUCGAGCAUCUACUCUUUCGGAGGUGUAUGAGGCUUUGUGCAGCAGCACCCUAAACCCCACGGAUCCAACGGGCCCAGUGAUUGCUCUUGCAAGUGACUGUUCACGAUACGCUGAGAAGAAAUCUCCUCAUGAGGCAGGCUAUGAUGCAUUUCUCUGUGGUUCAGUUCUUCUGAAGUCUGCUCAUUUGCUACUACGCAGAGUGACAAAAUGUGGUGAUACGGUGGAGGCCGAUCCUUCUUUCUCUCAGUAUCUCACUGUGUUAGCCGAGUACCUGAACAAGGUGAAUUUCAUCCGAGGUGGUGCCUCAAGCAUUAAUUUUUCUGGGGAAGAUGUUCCCAGCCAACAUCCCCCUCUCUUGGUUGUACGUGUCCAAGGCUGGCCACAGAUGAAUGAAAGGCAGAUUUACCAGGAGUUAAAAGCUCUUUGUCGCUUUGAUGUCAGAAGGCUAUCAGAGAACCAGUUCAUUUUGCUCUCCAAUAAAUUUAAGCAUGACAUCUGCUUUCAUUACAGUGUCCGGCUUGUUCUACGCGAUUAUAAACACCACCCUAACCUGCAGAUCUCCGUCUAUCGCCACUGGAGGCACUCUCCGCAUGUGAACUGCUUGUUGCAAGCCUCUGGUAUUGUGGCACUGUGGUCUCUGUUGGCCUUUGUACUCGGAGGACCUCCUUUCUGUUCACUGUAAACGACUCUCUCUCAGAUGAGACGUGAGGAACACUGAUUUUUUUUUAAUGUUUAUGUUCUGUUUUGUUUCAUUUUUCACUUCAUUCAAUAAAGUAUGAAAAAAAAAAAAAGAAUAGUGAUUUAAAUUUAUUUCUUGGAAAUGAGUUUUUGAAGAGGAUGCGUUGGUUUCUGGUUUGUGUUAUUUUGUAAUCUGUUCAAAGCAUAGCCCCCUCCUGAAGAGGUAGAGGUGGUUCUUUUGAUGACUAAUUUACUUUGAUCUUCUUUUGGUUCUUCACAGCUAUUCAUAACCCCAGUUUGUUCUCAGUGCUUAUGUUGCUGCAUAAAACACAUUUGUGCUGCAGUUCUGGAGGUUAUGAAAUGAAAGAUUAUUUUUAACUUCAAUUGUAAAGCAGGGGAAAUGUCACUAUUUACCAAACGAAAAGGGGCAGAGCUGAUGGAGAAACCACUCUUGAGGCUCAUGAAGGAUUAUGGGGAAUGGAAAAUAACUUGCAGUGCUGUGAGUGCUGUGCAUUUCAGUGGUAGUGGUGCUGAAGAUAGUCGCAGAUAAGUGGAAUUUGUCAGCUUGCAGUUUGUAGAAUAUACACAGGGCAGGUGAGUUGUCAUAUAUUUCUGUUU